GUCCUCAGCUCAUGAACCAUGGCUCGACGGGGAACGUGGGACAGCGUUCUCUCUCCAAUGAAGUGGCGACAGAUUGAUAAUAAAGUGUCCACAGCGGAGAUUGGAGACCUGAUAGAGUUUGUCAAUCCAUGGUUGGGGUUGUCUCUCUGGGGAGUUUAUAUGGGAAAAGGUCAUGUGAUCCAUUUUGGAGUUGGAGAUGAGAACAUGACGCAAAAAGCGUGCCGCAGCCUCAUGCAGCUCAUGCUCCCCAGGUCCAAAGGUGACGGUGUUCUGAAGAAGACCACAAUCAUCUCUGAGCCCAUUUGUGACAUCAGAGUGCCGGCGGGAAUCCGCAUCCGGGUCAACAAUGACAAACACCAGCUGGUUCCCUCCACGCUGGAUGUGAUGAUGCAUCGCUGUCACACGUUUCUCAACCAGGAGUUCAAAUACGACCUCAUCAACUUCAACAGCGAGCAUUUUGCCACAUUUGUUCGCUACGGCCGGGCAGUUUGCACCCAGAUUCCCUUCCAGAAAACGAACGCCGACCACGCCGACACAACCGCGAAUCUCGAACUGAUUAUGCAGCAGCGGAUGGAGACAGAAACCUAA